CCCGGCGACGCGCUGCGGAACGGGAGCGUCAGCUGAAGGUGAACGGACGGCACAGUCGCAUCCGCAGGGAAUGUCUGAAGAUCUCCUGUAGUUCAAGAUCGCCGCGGCCGUCCAGCCCAGAGCCAUGAGCCACACGUCCUGCUGCGUCCUGCUGAGCGUCUCGCUCGCGCUCUCCUGCCGCCUCUGGUCAGUGUGUGCUGAUUUCCCAGCAGUCUUUGGAGACGAGUUGUCAGGUUUUGGGCCCGUGUUUGAGGAGCAGCCCGUCGACACCAUUUACCCUGAAGAGUCUCCUGAGGACAAGAUCAUCAUGAGCUGCAGAACGCGAGCGAACCCGCCGGCCUCGUACAGGUGGAGGCUGAACAACACAGAAGUCGUUAUUGGAAAUGACGAUCACUACAGUCUGAUGGGAGGAAACCUCGUCAUCAGCUUCCCCGACAAGAGCAAGCAUGCUGGGAACUACUCGUGUCUGGCCAGCAAUGAGUUUGGGACGCUCGUCAGUCAGAAAGCCUCUGUUCAGUUCGGAUACUUGGACAUGUUUUCCUCGGACGAGCGGGAGGCGGUCUAUGUGAAGGAGGGGCAGGGGGCGGUGCUUCUGUGCGCUCCGCCUCCACACUUCCCAGAGGAUCUGUUCUUCCGCUGGAUACUCAACGAGUUUCCGGAAUUCAUUCCUCUGGACAAGCGGCGCUUUGUGUCUCAGACCACCGGGAACCUCUACAUCUCCACCGUACGAGCGUCAGACAGCGGGAACUACUCCUGUUUCGUCUCCAGUCCGUCCAUCGCCAAGAGCGUCUUCAGCAAGUUCAUCCCACUGGUGCCCAUCGCCGAGCGUUCUCUGAGGAAAUAUCCCGCUGAUAUCAAAGUCAAAUCUCCAGACACGUACACGCUGCUGGGGCAGAACGUCACGCUGGAGUGCUUCGCGCUGGGAAACCCCAUCCCUCAGAUCCGAUGGAGGAAGGUGGAUGGCGAUCUGCCGGUUCAUCGUCAUAACAUCAGUAUGGCAGGAAGUCUCCUCCAUCUCUACAACAUCCAGUACGAGGAUGAGGGUUUGUACGAGUGCGAGGCCGACAACUCCAAAGGCAAAGACAGACACAAAGUGCAUCUGUAUGUGGAGGGAGCUCCUGAAUGGGUGGAGAAGAUCAGCAGCUCGGAGAGAGACAUCGGAGGCGAUUACAUCAUGUCCUGUCUGGCCAGCGGGAAACCCAAACCCCACGUGCACUUCCUGAAGAACGGACGAAUGUACGCCAAGAACCAUGAGUUGCAUUUCACAGACCUGACAUUUGAUGAUUCAGCGAUGUAUCAGUGUAUUGCUGAGAACCGUCACGGCACAAUAUAUGCCAACGCCGAGCUCAGGGUCUUUGCCGACGCUCCUUCGUUUGAGUGGAAACCCGUGAAACCCAAACUUCUGGGGGCCAAAAACGGGCGCGUGGUGAUUGACUGCAAACCCAGAGCAGCGCCGCAGCCGACCAUCUCCUGGAGCAAAGGAACCGAACUCCUACACAACUCCAGCAGGAUUUUCAUAUGGCCAGACGGGAGUUUAGAGCUUCUGAACGUCACUAAAUCAGACGAAGGAAAAUACACAUGUUUCGCAGAAAACAACCGAGGCCGAGCGAACAGCUCCGGAUCGCUGUCAGUCACCGACGCCACGAAGAUCACUCUGGCCCCGUCCAACUCUGACGUCAGUGUGGGCAAGAGCGCCAGGAUGGAGUGCGCCACGUCACAUGACCCCACCCUCGACCUCACCUUCAUCUGGUCCCUCGACGCACACGUCAUCGACUUCGACCGAGACAGAGAGCAUUACGAGCACAAAAUGGAUGUUAAUCAAGACGGUCAGGCUGGGAUGUCCAGCUCAGAGCUGUUGAUCAGUAACACCCAGCUGAGACACGCGGGACAUUACAGCUGUACGGCGCAGACGCCGGUGGACAACAUCACGGCCUCCGCAGAGCUGGUGGUCAGAGGUCCCCCAGGUCCUCCCGGUGGUGUGCGUGUGGACGAGGUGAUGACCAGCAGCGUGAGGGUGACCUGGAGUCACGGGACGGAUAACUUGAGUCCCAUCUCCAAAUACAGUGUCCAGUACAGAGACGUGCGAGAGCAGCAGGACUGGAGAGACGCCUCCACCUCUCCAGUGAAUGUGGAGGGAAAUGCAGAAAUGGCCUCCGUGAUCAAUCUGACGCCCUGGAUGGAGUAUGAGUUCAGGGUCAUCGCCACCAACACGCUGGGCACCGGACCCCCGAGUGACCCCUCGCCCAAAAUCACCACCAGAGAAGCCAGUGAGCUCCUUUUGUCCUCAUCUGAGGAAACAAUCACCUGCGGUUUAUUGUCAUUACCGGUCCAGCCACAGUACUACUACGGCAGUAAUUUUGGCUACAUCAUCGCAUUCAAGCCUCAUAACGACCCCGAGUGGAUGAGGGUGACAGUGACCGAUCCUCAGGCCCAAAAGUACAUCCACAAAGACUCGAAAAUCCCCCCGUCCACCAGGUUUGAGGUGAAGAUGAAGGCCUUUAACAGUCAGGGUGAAGGGCCGUUCAGCGUCAGCGCCUUCAUCUACUCUGCUCAGGAUGUUCCUGCGGAAGCUCCCACCAUCAUCGAGGCGAGGACGCUGUCAGCCACAGAAGCCGUCGUGUCCUGGGUGCCUCUACAGCUGCAGACGGUUGAAGGAUACCAGGUCCGGUACUGGAGGGAGUCGGUGGAGAACGAGGCAUCUGCACAACGUGUUCUGGUUCCCAGUCGAGAAAACCACACACGUCUGGACAACAUGAAGCCCAACUCACAUUACCUCAUCGAGGUACGGGCGUAUAACGGCGCCGGCUACGGACCCGCCAGCCAGCGCCACAAAAUCUACACCAAGAAAGCACCUCCUAGUCGGCCUCCUAAAAUCAUCGGCACAAAGAUGAACUACAGCGGCACGACGAUCAACAUCGCCUGGGAGCAGGUGGAGCCGCUGACCAACGAGUCGACAGUGGAGGGAUAUAAGGUCCUGUACAGGCAGGAGGGGCAGCCCAACGGCGUGCUGUACACCACAGCGAAGCAGUUCAUCGAUCUGCCCAUGAAGAAGGGCGAUUAUUUGGUGGAGGUGCGCGCACACAGUGAGGGAGGAGACGGAGCCGUCGCACAAGUGCGCAUUGCAGGUGCAGCCGUUCUGGCAUCUCCAUCUCUUGGCUUCUUCUGGCUUCUCCUCACAGUUCUGUUGAGUUUGAUUCUCUGAAUGUAGUUUCAUCCUAAUUCAAUGAAGCUAAACUCUCACAGGAUGAAACCCACCAAUAUUCAGAGUCCACACGGCUCUGGAGAACAAAAGACUGGAGAUUCAGGACAGAGCGUGUGUUUAAUGUCUGAACGGUUCAAUAUGCCUUACAACAUCUCACACUCUGAUCUCUUAAUGAGCGCUGAUUGGUCCAGACGGAGCGGAAACAGGAAGUGCUGCUGUUAGACUUCCUGUGUGUUUUGGUGACAGAUCAGUGUCUCACGUUUGUCUUUAUGUCAUUGUCAGAUCAGUGGCUUUCUCUUAUUUCUGUGGACAGAUACAGUCAAAGCAAACCAACAAUUCACAUUCAACUCCAUUCACUUUUAGAGGAUUAUUAUAUAUGCAAUAAUUUAUAAGAUAUUCAUCUAUUCAAGAUUUUUAGAUUUAGAUUUUCUUUUAAAUUAGGAUAUAAUUUUAAAAUCUGUCUUGGGUUCAGGUGAGGAACAUCAGCGGCUGAAUGAAAAUGGACGUUUGUGUUUGAGUUUGUGUUCGUUUACGAGCUUCAGUCUCAGAAAUGUUAUGAAAUAUGAUCAGCUGAGGUAGACGAACAAAUACUGCAAAUGCAUUUGUGUUUUAGAGAAGCAACAGUGUGAUUUAAUGUGAUUUCACACUGAACACCUCCUAGUGAACACCAGUGCUGGGUAGUAACUGAUUACAUGUAACCU